AUCAUCCUCUCCGCUCCGACCUUCCAUCCUUCCGAUCCAUCUUCGACCUCCACGCCCGAUGCCCCGUCUAUAUAGACACCUCGUCCGUCGAUGUCUGGGUCCAUCUUAGUCGAUUCCCCAGAUCCAAACUGAAACAUCGUCGAGAACCGACCCCUCAAUCCACUCUUGGCCAACCUGAGGUGACCCAGUUGUGCAACAUAAGGAGACAACCAUCCAUCUUCUGUCGACAUUCUUCAACUGCUUCCUCAUACUACUUUUCUCCGCGACAUCAACACUUUUCACAUCGCAGAACUCGCCUCCUGCCGCCAUGGACGGUCCUGAUCAGAUAGGCCCGGACUACCGGCCUAAGCAGACUUGGGGGGAUAAAACCCGUCGUCUUGUCAAAGCCUUCACUACAAGAGAGGGACUCAUCGGAGAUUAUGAUUACUCCUAUCUGUUCACCCCGAACAUCCCCUUCAUUACGAAGAGGCGAAGCUCGGCUCCAUUCUUCGGACUUGAAGACCGAGUUCCUGUUGUGUUGGCUCUGCUACUCGGAUUGCAGCAUUCGCUGGCGAUGCUGGGUGGAAUCAUUUCACCUCCCAUUCUAAUCGGUGGUACGGCCGGUGCCAACUUCGGAUCCGAAGACUACCAAUACCUCGUCUCGACAUCGCUCAUCGUCUCCGGUAUCCUGUCCGCCAUUCAAAUGACCCGCUUUCACAUCUAUGGCACGAAAUACUACAUCGGAACUGGUCUUAUCUCUGUCGUGGGAAUUUCCUUCGCCACGAUCACUGUGGCAUCUGGGGCUUUCGAGCAAAUGUAUUCCACUGGAUACUGCCCCACGGCCGAAGACGGGACUAAGCUACCAUGCCCCAAGGGCUAUGGUGCUCUAUUGGGAACCUCGUGUCUAUGUGCCCUGCUCGAAGUCGGCCUGUCUUUUAUGAGCCCUAAGAUCCUGAAACGCGUCUUCCCACCCCUCGUCACCGGUCCCACCGUCCUCCUGAUCGGUGCCAGUCUCAUCCAGUCCGCCUUCGAGGAUUGGGCAGGUGGCUCCGGAACCUGCAGUGACAACCCUGGCAACGGUGCUCUGUGUCCGAGCGCAGACGCGCCGCACGCUCUUCCUUGGGGAAGCGCGGAGUUCAUUGGUCUUGGUUUCUUGGUCUAUGUCUCGAUUAUCAUCUGCGAGCGCUUCGGUGCACCCAUUAUGCGAUCCUGCUCCGUUGUGGUUGGUCUGCUAGUUGGCUGCAUCGUGGCAGCUGCAUGCGGGUACUUUGAUCGCUCAGGAAUUGACGCUGCACCCGUGGCCUCCUUCGUCUGGGUCCGCACGUUCCCGUUGGUCGUCUACCCGCCCCUGAUUCUCCCACUGCUGGCAGUGUACAUUGUCGUCAUGAUGGAAUCGAUUGGAGACAUUACAGCCACCUGCGACGUCUCCCAGGUCGAAGUCGAGGGUCCCACCUUCGACUCGCGCAUCCAAGGCGGUGUUCUGGGUAACGGUAUCACCUGUAUUCUGGCUGGACUCUGCACCAUGACUCCGAUGUCCGUCUUCGCCCAGAACAACGGUGUCAUCGCUCUGACCAAGUGCGCCAACCGCACGGCCGGUUACUGCUGUUGCUUCUUCCUCAUCGUCAUGGGUAUCUUCGCCAAAUUCGCUGCUGCCCUGGUCGCCAUCCCCAGCUCUGUCCUCGGCGGCAUGACCACCUUCCUUUUCUCCUCCGUGGCCAUCUCCGGUAUCCGCAUUAUCUCCACCAUCCCCUUCACCCGUCGCAACCGAUUCAUCCUGACCGCUGCAUUCGCCGUCGGCAUGGGCGCCACCCUCGUCUCCGACUGGUUCGACUACUUCUUCACCUACAGCGGCAACAACCGCGGCUUGACGGGUCUGCUGGACGCUAUUGAACUGGUCAUGGAGAACGGGUUCGCCAUCACCGCCCUCCUGGGAGUGGUUCUGAACUUGAUCCUUCCCGAAGAUCCAGAGGAAGAGGCGGCUAUUCUGGACGCUCGGGGCGACCACCGACGGAGCGAGGACGUGAUGACCUCUUCGGAGAGCACGCAGUUCACCAAGGGAGAGCCAUCCGCUUCCCCCAGUGCAUGAUGCUUUAAUUCUUUUGGUUAUAUAUAUUAGGUUGGAUUGGCGAUGAGCUUGGUUUUUAUUUUUCUGGAUACCCUUCUUUGUUGACCUAGAUGGUCAUUGAUAUGCAAUGGAC